CCACGCCACUCUCAUGAGCAGGCGCUUUCACGUGUUUUAUGCAUGUGGCUGAUCGACUGGCUAAGCGAGGGUGAUAGCCAUUGCUGAUCGCCAUGUUGUUGAGGUUAGUUCGACUACAUGCGUUCUUGCGAGAGAAGGGCUUGUCGAAUGGGCGCAAUACAGCAACCGCCCGACCUGGGGUAACACAGCACUUGUGCUGCUAUAUGGGCGUGAUGAGCGCGGGCGUAUCUGUUGAGAAGACACGAUUCCACUCCUGUCCUCAUUGCCAAUGUACUAUGACCACUUACGAUACUCGGUACGACGGAUUUGUAUGCUACUACGAGCAACUUGGAAAGCACACCUUGUAUAUCUCCUAUCUACUCCACUCACCUCAUUGGACCUUUCUCUCACUCUCAGCAUCUCCACAAGUGUCUCUCAACCCCAGCUCUUUACUCCACUCUUCUCUGCCUGUCAGUCUGCAAGUAUCCGAUCCUAGAAGUCGAGCUCAACUCGCGCAUGGCUUCUUCGCACCCUUCGUCAUCCAACAACCGCGGUCGCUUCACCGAUCAGAGCGUGGGCGGGCCGUAGUCCUCUUUGCCGAUCGGUGGAUGCAGCCGGAUGCCAUGUCUACAGUUAUCGUCGAUACGAAGACCUGUUGCGGGGUGCGUCUGUUUCUGACAUUAUCCUCCUCUCAUCUCCGUCUAGACACGAACAUGCCUGCAUUGCCUGGACUCGUUUACCUAGAGAGAUAUUAAAAUGUCUGGGCAAUCUGAUUGCUUCAUUAACCGUAUGCUCGCAUUACAUUGACCCGG